GCCAGAGGUGAGCACGAGAUAUGGAUGUUGAACUUUUGAUCUCAACAGUGGUGACCUGGCUUGAACUUGCUGUCCUUGUGUAUCUUUACACUCAGGCCUCCUCGUAAGUCAGCACAUCCAGAGGAUAUAAAAACAUCUGGAAGAAGAAACGGACCACGCCAAACUGAACUCCUCCGUCCUUGCACUGCCUCCCCACAUGGCUUCCUCCACCUCCACUUCCACCACCGUCGCCACCUCCGACGCUUCCACCCAAAGCCACCACCUUCAGGGCAGCGGCGGAGUCCACGGCCACACCCCGGCGCCUCCUCCUCCGACCCCAUCAAACCAACAAGCCUCCAAAUCCCUCCCCUCCGACGCCGACGCCGCCUUCUCCCGCUUCCUCCACCAACUCCGCAUCGCGCCGAGCCUCUCCUCCUCCUCGUCCUCCUUCUCCAGAUACUCUCGCCUUUCCCCUAUCUCAUCCCCCUCUUCUUCCCAUCCCCUCCACCCUUCUCCUCCCCUCGUCUCCCUCCUUGAACCCCUGCCGGACCUCCUCUCCGUCGCCGCCGAUCUCGGCUUCUUCCACCUCGCCAACCACGGCCUCCCCUCCCACCUCCCCGCAUCCGCCCUCCUCGAAUCCCAAUCCCUCCUCCACUGUCCCACUAUUCCCACCACCAAUACUUCUUCUCUCGGCUUCAAUCACGAAGACGAUGACGACGGCGAUGAAUCGGAUGAUAAAGAUCCGAUCUUUGUCUUCGAACCCGACUGGAAUGGAUUGGAAUCCUUUCCAUCUUUGGUGGAAUAUGCGAAGGAAUUGGAGAGGGUGGGAUUGGAGGUGGUGCAGAUGCUGUCCUCGUCCUCGAUCCCCGGAGGGUUCCCCGAAAGCCCGUUUCGAGAGAGGAAGGCGAGGUGUUUGAUGUGGGUCUCGGUGUGUUCGAGUAUUGCGGAGGGAGAGGAAGGGAUGGAGGUGGGGACGAUGAGGAGCGGCAAGGCCUAUCCAUAUGUGGUCGGGCUGCAGUACGAGAUGAAGGAGUGGAGAGAGCCGAGUUGGGUGCUCGGCGACGCGGCGGAGUGGAUUCCCGUCGAGCCUCGCGCCGACUCGAUCCUCGUCACCCUUGGAGAUAUUGCUCAGGUUUGGAGCAAUGGAAGGUUCAAGAAGGUGAGGGGUAGACCUCAACGCACUUCCCCGCACUCAGAUGGUUCCAGUGAUUCUGGCCGCAUUUCUUUGUCUCUGCUGGUGACCUUGCCUUUGGAUAGUGUCAUCUCUCCAUUGUUGCCACUGGCAGCAGAUGACUCUGACCAGGGUAUUGCCGAUGUUGGUGAUGGAGGUUGUAAUGAUGGUGCAAGAAGGUUUCGAACAUUUACUCUGGAGGAAUAUGCUUGGAGGAUUUAUCAUGAACGCUUCCCAUUCAAAGAUCCUCUGCUCAGCUACCGGAUAUGAGAUCAUUUUAAUCUCUCUCUCUUCUCACGGAGGAAGAAUAAAAAAACUUAUCACUUUUUACCAUGUUUGAGCUACUACUUAUUUCUUUCAUUCUAGCAUUCAUUGUGGCAUGCCUUGUCAGUUAGUUUGUUGUUUACUGUUCCUGGCAUAAUGAUUUAAUUUUAGUAUUUGCUUGUAUUUGGUAUAGUUAGAUUAGUAUGGGGCAUAUGUAAGGAGACAGGAAGGGGGUUCCAGACUGAACCCUCCUCUGAAAUGGACCUUUGUAUACAUUGGCUGUCAGCUUUUGGCUUAUGGAAUCUACAUGUUUAAAGAGGAAGUUGUAUUUUGAUAAAAUGUUUGUAAUCCUUCAGCUGGUAAAUUGUUUGAUUUUGACUUGUUGCCGUUA